CAGUAAGAGUACAUGCGGUAUUUCUACCUAAUUGGCCUCCUUGUUUCGAGGGGAGAAGACGACGCGAUUGAUUCCUAGAGGGAGGGCUGGAAGAGAAGACGCCUUUACUUACCAAAUAUAGUCCACUACUAUCUCUGGGUCUCUGCCAUGGGUUGUAAAGGUAGCAAAACGAGCGGGGAUAAUGCCGUGAGAGCGAAAGAAGUGACGGACGGGAAAGGGAUCCCUUACCAAACCCAAGCGAACCAGUUGUCCCCACAGGGGCAUGGUGGCUUCGUACAGGAUCCUAGAUUCCAGGGAAACAUUCCCCAGCCUCAGCCUACGAGGAUUGAGCAAGAACCUAAUUAUCCUGUCUAUGUUGGAAAGUACGACUAUGAUAGCAGAACUGAUGACGAUCUCUCAUUUAAGAAAGGUAAUCUUCUAUAUAUUAUCAGCACUGAUGAAGGAGACUGGUGGUUUGCUCGCAGUAAAGACACUGGCAAAGAAGGCUACAUCCCUAGCAAUUACGUAGCUGAGUAUAAGAGUUUAGACGCCGAAGAGUGGUAUUUUGGCAAACUGAAAAGAAAUGAGGCGGAGAAGCAACUGAUGAUGCCGUACAACGAUUACGCCUCUUACCUCGUACGCGACAGCGAGACCACACCUGGGGACUUCUCCCUCUCCGUGCGUGACACCAACCGUGUGAGACACUACAAGAUUCGUCGACUGGACGAUGGGUCGUUUUUUGUGACGAGGCGCGUUCAGUUUGCGACGAUACCGGAGCUAAUUAUGUUCUACCAGAGACAGGCAGACGGGCUUUGUACGAUACUCAAGACUCCGUGUCGGGCGGUCGAAAAGCCGCAGACAGCUGGUCUCUCACGACAGGCCAACGAGGAGUGGGAGAUUGAUCGGCAACAGGUUAAGCUUUUGAGGCGGCUGGGGGCAGGGCAGUUUGGGGAGGUGUGGGAAGGACUUUGGAAUGGGACGACACAAGUCGCAGUGAAGACUUUGAAAACUGGUACAAUGUCGCCUCAAGAGUUUUUGCAAGAGGCUGCCCUCAUGAAGCGACUUAGACACCCGAAACUGAUCCAAUUGUACGCCGUGUGUACCAAACAAGACCCAAUCUUUAUAAUUACCGAGCUAAUGAAGCAUGGGAGUCUACUGGACUAUCUGAGAGCUGACGGUCGCUCACUCCAACAAGCUCAACUGAUAGACAUGUGUGCACAAGUUGCUGCCGGAAUGGCUUACCUUGAGCAGCAGAAUUACAUACACAGAGAUCUUGCUGCUCGUAAUAUUUUAGUCGGAGAGCACCUCAUAUGUAAAGUGGCCGACUUUGGUCUGGCCCGUGUUAUAGACGAGGAUAUAUACGAAGCACACACUGGAGCAAAGUUCCCCAUCAAAUGGACUGCACCAGAAGCAGCAAUGUACAAUAGAUUCACCAUAAAAGCUGACGUAUGGUCCUUUGGUAUAGUCCUGUACGAGGUAAUAACAUACGGGCGAUUCCCCUAUCCUGGUAUGACUAAUGCUGAAGUUCUUGAGAAGCUACCCCAGGGAUAUAGAAUGGGUUGUCCUACCAGUUGUCCUAAGGAGCUUCAUGACGUGAUGCUGGAGUGCUGGAGAGAAGAUCCUUCGAAUAGACCAACUUUUGAGUCUCUCCAAUGGCGUCUUGAAGAGUUCUACACCUCAACUGAGGGGGGCUAUCGGGAGCCAGAGCCUUGAAUAACGAAUGGAGACUUUUCCUUAAUCAAUAUCAUCUAAUCUUCUACCCACCCUCUCUCUCUUUUUCUCUACUAGCUGUGUGUACCAAACUCAUUUCUAUUACAAAUUAGAUUUAUUAUUACCAUAUCCUAUUGCUAUACCUUGUGACCUCUAAGUCUGUGUAUUUCAUUGUGUUAGAAUCUGUGUGUGUGUGUUGGAUUAUGAAUAUUAAUUCAUGUAACUUUAUCAAAAGAGACAGAUUUAUAUAUUUGAUAUUAUUAUUAUUUAUUGUAUUCAUAGUUCUGUAUGUUUCUCAUGUACAUUCAUUUCAUAAAUGUGUGUACAUCUAUUUUUUAAUACCAUUUCCUCUCUCUCACUAUUUUCUCUAAAGUAAACAAUACUAUAUUCAGCUGCCUCCUUUCCUCAUUGAUUUGUGGUCUCAAUCUAUUUUAAACAUUAGUUCUAUAUUUAGUAACACUGAUGUGUCCUUAUAUGGCUGUUGGUUUGUUAUGAUAUGUAAACUGCA